GGUAACCCCGGAGAGGCAGGAGCAGGUAGCCUUGCCAGAGAUCAUAGAGGCAGACCUAUUUUUGCGUUCCACGACUACAUCGGAGAUCAGACCAGCACCAUUGCAGAGCUCCUUGCUGUUUGGAGAGCAUUAUCAUUAUGCCAGGACUUGACCUAUGACCGAGUUUGGAUUGAGCUUGACUCUGAGCGGGAAAGAGACCUCAUUCAGAAGAUCAGAGCUCUAACAGAUAACCUUGACGUUAGCUUCUCCCACAUCUACUGUGAGGGGUACAGUGCCGCCGACUACCUCGCAGGUUCAGCCUGCCGAGCCCGAGACUUUGUGCUAUAUGACGUCGCAGACCUACCUGGACCCCUUAGGGGCAUCAUCAGGAUGGAUUUAGAGUAUCCCAGCAUCAUACGUCCUCAUGACGACAGCAGAACACAGGGCUGA